AUGAGAAGGAGAAAAAGGUGUGAAAACACAAUCCGCGCCAAAACAUUGGCCGCGGACGCGCAAAAGAAUUUUGGCCGAGCAAUUCCAUCUGGCCGACCGUUACGGUCGAGCCGGGAAGGAAUAAGCCGUGCUCGGCCGGAUUCUACUUGCGCGACAGAAACGUUCGCGCGCACGCGCGAACCGGGAAAGAAACGGCGCGAUCGGCCGAAAUUUUGUAUCGGAACGGACCGACCGUGCCGGUCGAUCCGGGAAACAUUCGCCUCGACCGCGACAAAAUCCAUCGGCCAUCGGCCCAAAACUUUUCUAGGCCAAGGUACACCAAUGGCAAAGACAAAAGGAAAUGAGAGUAUGAAGAAGAAGAAGAACCCAUUCAUGGAACCACCAAAGAAGCAAAUCAAGCUAGGGAGUAGUAGCUCCAAUGCAAGAGCAGCAAUACCAACUUCACCACAUUCCAUUGAUGCAAUCAAGAACAUGUGGAGAGUCCAAGAAGAGGAGAAGAUGAUUGGGCACUUGUAA